GCUCCCCGCCUCAGGCUCUCACCCUCUUCUCCUGCAGGUCCUGGUCUGUGCUCUGCCUCUGAGGACACCAUGGCCCAGCCCCUCUGCACCCUGCUGCUCCUGCUGGCCACCCUGGCUGGGGCCCUGGCCUGGAGCCCCGAGGAGGAGGAUAGGAUAAUCGGGGGAGGCAUCUAUGAUGCAGACCUGGAUGAUGAGUGGGUACAGCGUGCCCUUCACUUCGCCAUCAGCGAGUACAACAAGGCCACCGAAGAUGAGUAUUACAGACGCCCGCUGCGAGUGCUGAAAGCCAGGGAGCAGACCGUGGCCGGGACAAAUUACUUCUUUGACAUAGAAGUGGGCCGAACCGUAUGUACUAAGUCCCAGCCCAACUUGGACACUUGUGCCUUCCACGAACAGCCAGAACUGCAGAAGAAACAGUUGUGCUCUUUCCAGAUCUAUGAAGUUCCCUGGGAGAACAGAAGGUCCCUGGUGAAAUCCAGGUGUCAAGAAAACUAGAGAUCUGUGCCAGGCCAAUCACACCGACCACCUCCAACUCCCACCCCCUGUAGUGUUCCCACCCCUGAACUGGUGGCCCCCACCCUGGGGGAGGUUUCCCCAUGUGCCUGCGCCAGGAGAAGACAGAAAAGGCGGCAGGAGGCCUUUGUUGCUUAGCAGGAGGCUCUGUCCUCCCUCCUUCCUUCUUGCUUCUCAUAGCCCUGGUACAUGGUACACACACCCCCACCUCCUGCAAUUAAACAGUAGCAUCG